CGGUGGUCAAUUAAAGUCUCGCCAACACCUCGAGAACAAUUUCAAUAUGACGAAAAUAUCUACCAUUGUCCACAUGAUGACAACCUAUUCUGGCCAAGUAACGUCGUCUGCGAUGGAUAUCCUGACUGUGAUGCAAGUGACGAGAUGGAUGAAGAUAUUGAACUAUGUGCACCGAGAGAAUACCUGCAACAGGACCUGCUGCUAACUGCAAACCACAUCACGAACAACUCUGCCUUUCUCACGUGGUCAACGGGUGUCGAGCUGUUUGGAAACAGCAGAUUUCCACUGGAACUCAGCGGCUACUUUCUGACCGGAAGAUCGCUGGGCCACACCUUCCAGAAGACCUUGGAGCCCACUCUCACGGAAUACAAUGUAUCCUGUCUGAAACCGUGGACCGAAUACAACAUUACACUGAGGAGGUUUUACACGUUGAAAAAGAGCGCGACUGAGACGAGGUUUUACACUAAUAGCGAGGAGGUCGUUCAUCGUCCAAUGAGAUUAGGACGAGCAGUGGUUUUGGAACUUCAAACGCAUGCGUACAAUCCUUCCGCACCAAGGGAGCUCAAGAUUAUCUCAACUGGGCAAAAAAAUGUGAAACUACGCAUCGUGGAUCCUGUUAAUUGGAAUGGAUUGCCAUUCAAAUAUCACGUUCGAUGGGAACCACGAAGUCCGAUUAGAGGACGUCCCGGAAAUAUGGAACUCGAUAUUUCUUCAACGCGACCCGAUGAUCAAAAUUGGAUGAACUGCAGGUUGUGGCUUGAACCAGGAGAAAAGUACAGGGUGUUUGUCUCGGCAGAAAAUGCCGCGGAAAACCGUAACAUCACCUUUCGAAGUCCGGAGAUUUCGCAGGAUAUAGCUACUAUUCCUAGUGGCAAGUAG